AUGACAGAUGGUAACUUUACUCCACCCGAGCACACGCCUCCUCGAAAGACUGGACCCUUCUCCAGACGGAAACCUCCGCUUCUCCCUCGUCGCAAAAGACCUCGACGACAUCACGAGCCCACCUUACAUCUGCCUCUCGUGUACCUGGGAUACAACGCCCUUCAUUACGCCGCCGACCAGGCCCAGCUGGAGUGUGCCAAGGUGCUGCUCAGGUGUGGGUGCAGGAGCAACGAGGACCACCAAGGCAACCUCCCCGCGGAUUUGGCGACAGAAAAAGGCCAUGACGCCGUUGCCGCUUUUAUUGAAGCCGCGCAGGCAGGGGAGGCAGAAGAAGAGCAAGGGACGGCCAGCCUCGCCGUGGCCUCGAGACGUGUGCCGAGGCCCAUGGUCUGGGCCGACACCAUUUGCAUCAAUCAGGAAGAUGUCGCCGAGAAGAGCGCCCAGGUGGCCAUGAUGGACCGGAUAUACUCGAAUCGAAUGCCAUAUGACCACUCCAGCAGGGGGAUUCAAGUUUUAAACACUCUGUCGACGCAUCUCGCCGCGUUGAAAGACGCCGUCAUUGAGCCCCUUUCCGGCAAGGACAAGGGAAAAUACGCCGCCGCCAACAUGACGUACAUCUCGGAACGGGACUGGGCAAGCCUGGCCUCUCUCUACCAACGACAAUGGUUCCGCCGCGCCUGGACCGCCCAGGAAGCCGUUCUCCCCGGCGCACUGCUCAUGUGCAUCGGUGACCAGUCUCUAUCCUGGCGGGACCUGGGCCAAGCCUCGGAAGCCAUUCCAUACAACGAAGGGAGGCUGGGCUCGUCGCUAUCAUCUCGAUUCAUCCCUUCAGCUAGCCGAGGUGGCAGGGGCGGCGGCGGCGGCGGCGACGACGACGCCAAGGACUCGCGAUCGCGGUUCACGCUGAAGCAUCUGGUGUACAACUUUUGGACUUUUGUAGCGUCCGACCCCCGGGACAAGGUGUUCGCCUACGACGGCCUGCUGAACCUGUAUGCUGCGGAGCGGCACCGGGCCGACUACGGCAUGGGUCUCGCGGGGAUUUACACCGCGGCAACGAGGGACCUCAUCCGGGGCGAGGCAUCUCUAGCCGCCCUGUCGAGCUGCGUCUACCCGCUCUGCCAGAGGAAAGACCUGUCGUCCUGGGUGCCGGACUACAGCGUCGCGGCGGCGAACCCUGUCCCUCGCAGCUUUUGCGCGGACAGGGGGCUGGAGUACGUCCCGCCCGAGACGACGCCCGACAACGCGGCGAGCAGCCUGCUCCGUGUACGGGGGUGCUUUAUCGGCCGCGUCUAG